CAGCGCAUCAGUGAUCAGUCCCGGUGCUGCCGUGGUCUGAGGGAGGCGGUGCAAGAUGUACAGUCGAGGUCGUUAGCUGUGUCUUGGUUUGUUGCCUUGAUGAAUCGUAACCAGCUCAGCUCCCCCAUUGCUGGUACCUCGCACUCUUCUCAUGACGCUCCGUUGUUCAGACUUUCUACCCUGUGUACAAAUUCAUCUGCUGAUGGAUUUAUGACUGCGUGACAUACGUGACAUUGUGCAGGGACGUCAGACAAUCAGGCAGCGGGACUCGGUGGGCUGUGUGGUGAUAGUGUGGUGUAGUGAUCAGUACGUCUCCGUGGCAGCCACAUCGUGUUUACUUGGCGACACGUGCAUGACGACGCCUCUGCCCGGCCCUCAGUGUACCUCCGCAGACGCUGGUGACGCCAUUGUAACUUGUGUUGAUAACUUCCCUGUGUGAGGACGUUACUGUUGAAGGUGACACGUCGAGGAUGAUGACGCGAGCCGCCCUUCCUCUUAUUACAGCCUGGGCGUGGGUGGCGUGCGUGCUGGUCGGCGUCACCUGGGCACCAGCACAGGGCGAGAUAACUGACUACCUCGUUAAGUGGUGCCACUGUGACCUGGACGAGUGCCUCAAGCAGGUCCUCACCGCACUGCAAAAGAAUACCACGCUGCCUUCUUGCUCGCCCAAGGAACCAGCGGUGGUCACGAAGCCCGGUACCGAGGAGGGAGACUCUGAAGGGACAAAUUCUGAAGGUAACCAAGCUUCUUCCACGGACACUACCACCACACUGAACACGACCACCACCACAUCCUGGACAGAAACAACGUACUCCACCCUCACGUCUGGCGGUGGAGAAGGAAACACUACCCCCACUAUUUCCACCACAGAAACGACCCUCCUUAGUGGAACAAAUACCCCUACCACCGACACAUCCACUCUCUCCACCGCCUCGACCACCACUGACGGCUCCACCACCCCUGCAUCAACAGUCACAGGAGACACCGCCACAACCACCGCAGGAACGGAUGCAACUAUCGCUACUACACAAGCCGCUACUCAGGACCCUGACUCAACUAAGAGGACAGCCAGGGGUAAAGAGGUUGCCACCACCACGGUGCCUGGCACCACUAUACAGGCUGCCAUCACCACAGAGGUCCCCUCCAUCACGCUGCCCUCCACCACCAUAGAGGCCGCCGCCACCACCUUGGAGGUCACCACUACUCCCCUUCCUAACACGAAUGUCAGGAGGAAGAGAAGUGUGGGGGAUGAUCUCAACGACAGCGAUGAGGAACAGCUGAUCUCGUGGUACAGAGAAGAGGAGGAGGAAGAAGAAGAAGAAGGAAAAGAUUGGCCAGAGGACAUUGAUGAUGCAGUCCUGAUCUCUCGUAGGAGGAGGAGCGUGGAGAGCAGCGACAGUGGUAAGGUAAUAGUGGCCAGACCUUUCAGGCGCAUUGUGAAGACCGUAGACGACGAGGGCGUGAUGUUUGACAAGGACCACAACGCCUCCACCUGCUCCUGCGGGUCUGGGAGUCGAGUAUCUGUGGAACUGUGCAUUAAGGACCUGAAGUUUGACGAUUCCCUGGCAAACAACAAGUCUGACAACUACACCUACUUCUCGUACAUCUUCAUCAAGGAGUUACGGAAGUACAUGUUGGAGCUCAAAGACCAGAGUGGCAUGUACGUGUUCCGCAGGAUGGAAAUGCCCACGUUUACCAAUGGGUCAGGCUCCUCCGCCACCCAACUCAACACCAUGGUGGACCUGACCCUCAUUCACAAGCUGGCCGCCUACUACGUUACCAUGGCCCUGGACCUGAACAUCGGGGUGACGCAGAGACUCGCCGGCUACAGAACAGCAAUAGAUAACUGCCUGGUGGUGUUGGGUGAGUGUUGACUAUUUCUUUGAGAAGACGGCGACGACGCGAUUAUUCUGGUCUAAAAA